AUGGGGGCGCCGGCGCUGGCCCAGCGCGGGAGCCUGAUGGCCGGCAGGCCGUUCGGAAUGUCCGCCGGCGGUGGACGAUCGGGGAGGGGGCAAUUCUGCGGCGAAGUGCGGUGCGCGGGUGGCGGAUCGAAGCUGCCGCCUUCGCACGCGCAGUCGAGCAUGCGGGCGCUGGAGAUGCUGCGGGCGGACGCGGACGUCAACCGUGAGUGCGGGGCUUCGUCAAUCGACGGGGAAAUUGUGGCGUGGCGGUGGUUGGAAAGAAUUGUCUCGAUGGGCUGUAGUCGUCGCAGGCGUCUGCUUCUUUGUGUUGGAGUUAUGGCUUGCUGGGUGGCAAGGGCGGAUUUGAUUGCAUCCUCAAGGCCCUCUGCGGGCGGCGCCUGUUGUUGGGAAGUGGUUUCCGGGUGUGGAUGGGGAAACGAACGCGUGGCGCGGGCUGUGGUUGGAUUUCUUAGCGCCAUGACUGUGAUUGGAGUUUGUGGCGCUGUGGGUGGCAAGUGUUGA